UCCAUAAAUUACUACCUUAUCAAUGUUGUCGUCUUUGCACGGAUCUGCUUGUGCUAACAGUUACAGUACUUACCUAAUAAUUAGCGUUCACGAAUUAUUACCGCAGAUACUACUCUAAAAUACUGGCGAUCUGCAGAAAGAAAUAUUUACUAUUUUGCAUUCGAGCCUAACAUGAAUUUGCACAGACUCGAAGCUUGGCUGACAUCGUAUUAUCCGCGCAGAAGCCGACAACGUUAAUGACGGAAAAAGCCGCUGCGGAAUACACUACUUCCGUUUGCCACCGGAUCGCUGACUGGAGUGAUUUUCUCUAAAAAAAAGCCAGGAACACGAACACCAAGAACAAUGGAACCGAAUUUCGGAAAGGACCGAUCGAGAACGAAUUCCACCAUUACCACGCACGGAAUCAAGUUCAAGCUCGGUGAUGACACCGGGCAGGAUGCCGAGGAUCACCUCCAUAAGGACAAACACACCUUGUUCUGCGAAAUGACCGAACUGAAAUUCAAUAAGAAGCGCGGAGCCGGUGGCGAGCCGGAGUGGCGCGAAACAGCCAGGUGGGUGAAGUUUGAAGAGGAUGUGGAAGAGGGCGGCAAUCGAUGGUCGAAGCCCUUUGUUGCCAGUCUGUCGUUGCACUCCUUACUGGAACUGCGCAAUCACUUCACCACCGGCUUGAUACUACUCGAUUUGGACGCGUCCAACCUGCACGAACUGUGGACGGAAGUGAUACAGCAGUGGGUCAAUAGCGGCUGUCUGCCGGAUAAUUAUCGGGACGCGGUGCUCGGGACACUGCUGCAACGGCCGAAGCAUCUCAACCAACGGCGCAUGCGCAAAAUCGGCAGUAAAGAUCAGGACAGUACCAAGACGCGAUCGUUUUCCCAGCUGCUGCGUAACAGCAGCAGUAAUCUGUUGGAACGUAACGACAGCGGAAAGGAUAGCGGUGGACUGCCGAGUAAUGCGAAUCUGGAAGGGUUGACGCGGGAAGAAAGCCGAGCCAAUAUACACUUUUUGAAAAAGUUACCAACGGGAACCGAAGCCGCCAAUAUAUUAGUAGCCGAACUGGAUUUCCUGCCGCCCUUUCCGCUUUGUGCGUUCGUUCGGCUAAGCCGUCCCACCUUCCUGGGCAGUCUAACGGAAGUGCCGGUUCCCACGCGCUACUUGUUCGUGCUACUGGGCCCCAAAGCGGUGGGUGACCGCUAUCAUCAAAUCGGCCGAACGAUGGGAACCCUCUUUUCGGACGAGCUUUUUCAACAAGUCAUUUACAAAGCAAAAGACCGGGAAGAUAUUUUAUCAGCUACGGACGAUUUUUUGGGCGCCUCCACGGUGCUACCGCCCGGGGAGUGGGAUCCCAAAAUUCGUAUUGAACCACCGGCUUGUGUCCAGUCGCAGGAGUCGCGCAUGAUUGAUAAACUUAGACGAACGGGCAGUACCGAUGUGCUGCAGGCACUGGAGAGCAGUGAACACAGUGGUAAAUCCGAUCAUGGCGCCGGAAUUCGUCGGACAGGGAGAUUGUUUGGAGGAUUCGUGGAUGACAUUAAAAGGAAAAUACCCUUCUAUGUCAGUGAUUUCAAAGAUGCCUUACAUAUUCAGUGCCUUGCCUCUUUUAUCUUUCUGUAUUUCGCAUCGAUGACGCCACUUAUAACAUUUGGCGGUCUUAUGAGCGAUCUUCUGAAACGAAGAAUGGGCGCUGUUGAAACGAUCCUGGCGCGUGCCUUUUCCGGUAUCGCAUGGGGCUUGACCGCGGGUCAGCCGAUGGUCAUUCUGGGCAGCACUGGACCGAUUCUUGUAUUCGAGCUUAUCAGUUUCAACAUGUGCGAAUCAAUGGACAUAGACUAUCUACCAAUGAGGUUAUGGAUAGGCAUUUGGGCAACUAUUCUACUGCUGCUGAUGGUAGUAUUUGAUCUCAGUUCGCUGGUGAGCUACAUCACCCGGUUUACAGAAGAAAGCUUUGCCGCACUAGUCUCCGCAAUAUUUGUUUACGAGGCCUUUAAAAAAUUAUUCCAUAUCGCCGAAGAAGAGCCUUUACGUACUAAUCCCGGUAUCAUAUCCAAUACGAGUGAUAUCUGUGAUUGUGUGAUAAAGUCACCGGUGAACAAUUAUUCCGUCCACAUUCCAAUAGACGCAAAUUUUUCCAAGGAGGACUGUACCAAGGAAAAGAACGCAACAGCCGGAAUCGGCACUGCGUUCUUUGGUGAUGGUUGCACGCACUAUGUUCCGGAUGCCUUUUUAUUGUCUGUGGUAUUAUUUUUUGGAACGUAUUUUAUGGCCAGAACUUUAAAAGACUUCAAGGUUUCUCCGUUUUUCACCAACAAAUUACGCCAGUUCGUCAGUGACUUUGCGGUGAUUAUUUCGAUUGGCGUUUUUGUUGGAGUGGACUACGCCUUGGGUAUCCCUACUCCCAAACUGGGCGUGCCCGAUCAGCUUGAGCCGACAUAUACGCCACGAGGUGGUUCAUGGAUUGUGCCUUUUUUCGGCGACAGAAAUCAAUGGUGGACUGCCAUUGCCGCCGUGCUUCCCGGGAUCCUUGUGACUAUUCUGAUAUUCAUGGACCAACAGAUAACCACUGUGAUUAUUAAUCGCAAGGAAAAUCGCUUCCGUAAAGGAAUCGGCUAUCAUCUGGACUUAUUCGUUGUCUCUGUGUUGACAUUAAUUUCGUCCUUUUUGGGAAUGCCUUGGAUGGUAGCCGAUACGGUGCUCUCGCUCACCCAUGUUGCCAGUUUGAGAAUGGAAUCGGAAGUGGCUGCGCCGGGGGAAAGACCGACCUUCCUAGGCGUUAGAGAACAACGGAUAACGAACAUCGCCAUUUCCAUUGUUAUUGGUGCAUCGAUAUUCAUGACAAGUUUCCUUCGCAUCAUUCCUAUGCCGGUUCUGUUCGGUGUUUUCUUGUUUAUGGGACUGAAUGCCUUAAACGGCCUCCAAUUUACCGACCGACUGAAGUUGGCCUUUAUGCCCCUUAAAUACCAGCCCGAUUACGCAUACCUCCGGCACGUGAAGAUCAAGCGCGUCCACCUUUACACGUUUAUUCAGCUACUGUGCUUGGUUUUUCUGUGGCUGCUAAAGAGUUUUCUGGAAACCGCUAUGCUGUUCCCCUUGAUGGUUGGUGCACUGGUUGGAGUAAGGAAACUCAUGGAUUAUGUUUUCACGCAAUAUGAACUCAGUUUCUUGGAUGACAUAAUGCCGGAAAAUGUCAAACGAAAGAAAGAAGACGUUCAAAAGGAUGACGAUGAGAAAACAAUAACCACACCAACAACUGUCGAUGAAAACUUCAUGAAGAUAUGUUUACCAAACGGCAACGUCCUGUCUAUUCCUGUAAAGAAAAACCACAGUUCUGUAUCACAAAGCUCCGAAGCUCUGGAUUUUACCAGUGCAGUCAAUAAAACCGGCUUAUGGAAAAACAUCUCUUCGGCAAAUUUAUUGAGUCAGGUUAAUGAAAUGGAGGAAUACAGGAGCCGGGAGACGUCGAACACCAACACACUGGAGCUGCCAAAAAGCCGCAAGCGGCGUACGGAAUCCACCCGGACCGGUGACCAGGAUGGACUCAGUCCUGUACCUGACGGUUCCGACGUGGAAUCUGAUCCCAUGCUGCAAAUGGAAGUGCCACCGCCUUACAAAGAGCACCGUAGUACUUGACGUUGUUAAUCUAACUUCACGUCUCUAUCUACUGAUAACGGUUUAGCUCACAAAUGCUCUAGUAGUGUGCUCACUUGAAUUUAUUUAUUUGUACAGAAUUGCCUAAAAAAUAACGGCAAAUAUAACCACAAUAACAGCCACAAAAUGAAUUCGAUAAAAAAUAAAAA